AUGUCCACCACGACGAUGCGAGGCUUGAACAAAGCUGAGCUAAAGAUGAACCUCGACAUACCACCUUUCCGACGAAGCAAUAGUUCAACGGGGGGAGCCGCUGCGUUCCCUUCGGUGUUGCUGCCAGUCACGACAGCCACCACCACCACCACCAGCGCUACGGACCCCGCGGCGACCGCUACGGGUGGUGUUGCCGAAUCUUCGACGGGCACGUCGGAUGGACUGGGCAUACGGGGACUGUCAUCUGAACCACCUGUGGCUCGACCAACAAAGAGAAGAAGUGGUACUCAGGAGUUGCUCGAACGCGAUACGUCGAGGUCAGUCGUGCCUUUCCCCUUUGGUUCUGGCCGUUGCUGCGGGCCAUAAACAGCCUCUCGCCCCCCCCCCGCCCCCCCCCCCCCGUUGCCGCGUGUGGCUUUAUCGCGCUCCGUGCAUGGCGAACCCUGCUCACUCUGGUGCGCGAGAGCCUAAAGAGAUGGGUUGGUAGGGUCCCUGUAUUCACGACGGUAGCUGACUGUGCGAAUGCGCUCUGCUCUUCUUACCCCACCCCACCUUCAGGGCUCGAACAAGAUCACCCGAGAUGUUGCUCUCAGCCGGCGGACGCACGAGUCGACCGGCCGGAGCAGCAGCCGGCAGCGCUCAAGCCUCGUCCUCGACCAACGCUACAGCCUCGACCUCCUCUUCGUCCAAGUCGGCUCUAUCCACACUCACGAACGGCAACACCAAUACGAGCGGAAGCAACAAACGCGCUCGCACGAGCCUCAGCGUAUCCCACGGCUCGACGAUCGAAUCGCUAGCUUCGGUCGCGUCCGAGGCGUUGCAGACGUUUCCGAUUCCCAGCCCGAACGUGCUAUCCCAAUCGGCGGGAGCGAGCACUUCUUCGAGUGGGCCGCAGGAGCGACGUCCUGUGACGACGAGGCGACCUUCGCUCGUCUCGCGUACUUCGAUACCAACGGAUAGCUACCCUGCGGUGCCGAAGUCGGAAGAUCUUUCGGGUUCACGUAACGCCGAACCUUCUUACGUCAACAAGGCGAGCACGAGCACAAACAGCAGUCUUGACCCCGUUCGAGAGAACAAUAACUUUCCUGGUAGCUUGUCGCAAAGAAGGGGAGAGACGGCGGCCGGGAAAGGGUUGAAGAUCACGACAUUGCCCGCUGAUGAGGUUGUCGAACAGGCCCCUCGGACCGCGCCGGGCAACAUCGUCACAGGUCCUUUGGGUCCCAAUGGGCCUACGGGCCAAGUGAGCGGUAAAAGCCACGGAAGACGAGGCACGAGUUUCAACGGCCAAGGUCAAUUCAUGGCACAGGCCAAAAACCCGGGCGGCGGACCUCAUGCUUCCCUGCCGACGCCGCUUCAAGCGAUCCCCGUCUCACCCUAUACGGUUGCACCUACUCAAGGUCAACCUUCACUGCAUACGCAGUAUUCCCAGCAAUCCCACAGCCACAGCCAGAGACACGGCCACUCGCACUCUCAUUCCCACUCUCGGCACCCUAACCUGCCGCCUAUGUCGGGCUCGAACUCGGCGAGCGCUACUCGACACGGCUCCGUUUCAGGCGCCCCUGUUUUGGACCCUUACUACGCCCCUACGGUAACAGGGACCUAUUCCGUCCCGAUCCCCCAUUCGCAACAUCGUUCCUCCAUCUCUUCUACCCCAGGCUCGACCGCGACCUACCUCCCACCUCUUCAAACGGUCCCCGCAGCCAGCUCAUCGAUCUCGGCAUCAACGUCCUCGAUCAUGGAAACGGGCAAACAUGCCUUCCUAGCUCACUUCUCGACCCUCUACGACGCCUUCCACGAAACGCGUACCCUAUCCCGUUCUUUGGACCAGGAACUUGGUCGCGCGCGAAUGAUCUUGAACCAAUUGGACGAAGGAUGGAUCGAUACGCUCGUCCGAAGGGAGAACGAAAGGCUCUGGAAUCGAGUGGUCGAACUUGAACGAAUCGUCGAGGACGAGAGGAGGUUAUGCAGGGAUCGAUUGGGCAGGUUGGAAAGGGCCGUUUGGGGAGAUGCGUCGUCGUCGUUGUCGAGUGCUACGACGACGACGAUGAGUAGUUCGGCACCUAGUUCGGCAUCCGUUUCGGCUGGUCCUGUUGGUGGGACAGGGUUGGGGUUCGCUAGUUUGGGCUCGGUGGGUCGUAGGAGGGGUUCGGAUUCGUUGGGGGCUUAUACGAUGUUACCUACGAUGGGGUUGGGGAUUGGGCAUGAGGAGAAUGCUACUUCUGGAGGGGCUGGAGGUGGAUCAUCGACUUUCGCGAGAGGAAUGGAGGAGGGAGGACCUGGGGGACUUGAGAUGGACGAGUCUUCUUCCGUCGUCGUCGGCGGAACGGGAUCAUCUGGAUCGGGUCCAUUCAUCAAGAGGGAAAGGGGAGGAAGUCCCUUACUGGCACCGCUUAUGACGACGGGUUCGUUGGUCCCUCGACGAAGAAGCGUCAUGUCCCGUCCGGGAACUGCAACUUCGUCUACUUCUUCGGGUUCGAUGAAUGAAUUUGGGGCUGGAGGUAGUGGGGGUUUGAGGAACGGGAUGUCUGGGACGGGCAAUUCGGCGAGACGAAGCUCGAUGAAUACGAGUCAAGGGCCGAGAGGGGAGGAUGUGGAGAUGAGUGGACCUGGUGCGAGUGCGAGUGCGGGUGGACAUGGGCAUGGGCAUGAAGGACGGGAGUGA